AUGGCGAUAGAGCGGUCGCUUGCGACUCUUGUAAGGUCGCUUCAAACCUCAUCGAGUCCCCAGGAUGCUUUCACGCUGCUCCCAAGGGCCACCGGCUUCUUGUCCAUGCUGGGGAAUCCGUUGAACGUCGGCCUUCUCGCGUCGCAACUAUUGACCGUCCCUGCGAUAUGGGACUAUCCCGUGAAUUUGCACGAUUGUCGCAAGAUCCUCAGCGUGUUCAACUCGGCCACCAUCGGUGUUAUACAAAACGAAGAACAUGGAGAUAAUCGAACACCAUAUGGGGGACCGAGGAAGCUGAGCCGUGAAGCAUGGAUUAAGGCGGUUGUCAGCGGCGCGGACGAAAGGUCACCCCGAUGGAGACAUGUACUGUUACUGGGAGGAGUGCUGCUGGGAGGCGAGGGACAGAAUCGCCAGGGCUUGCCGUGGCAUUUGCGGCUGAGACUGGAGUCUGCUCUUGUGACGGCCGCGCAGCUUGCUUUAGAGGAGCUGGAUUUGCAAAAUGGCAUCGAGGGGGCUUGCGUUCUAAUGGUUCUGAACUACACUUUCGAACUGCUAUCUGACAUCGAAAAAGCAAAGCUGGACUAUGAUCGGCUGCUACCCAUGAUGUUGCAGACCACCUACAACUCUCCAGAAGGACUUGAAAGUGGAUACUUCGUUGGAGCGGUUGAUAACGAUGUUGUGCAGGUUCCUGGUCAGAAAUUCCAAUGGUCUCGGCAUUCUGACACCUUCGCCCACAUCUCUGCGAUCACGAACAAGCCGCUUGUUGCUGCACUGGGCCCGCUGUCUCGUCUCAUGGCGCAUGCUGUUGAAAAUGUCCGCGAUCCGAGACUCGUGUCGCAGACGGUGGAUAUAAUUGCGGAUUUCUCCCGCACGCUGAUGGUGCAGUGGCGGCAGAACAAGUUGUCUGAGAUUGACAAGAUUGAAGAGUCUUUGUUCUUAGAUGCGGAGUCAUUGGGUACUACCGUUCCCAUGCUGUGGAAAGUCCUCCGUAAUUGUCUGUAUUCGGUUGUGAUUGUCCUUCGUGGGACUUUUGGGAGGGUACUCAACGAUCGCUUCCUUGCUCAUGAUAAGAGUGCGCCAUACUUGUCAAUGCAAGCACUCCAUGUACUCCGAAGUAUGUACUUCAUUUCGUCGCGAAUCGGCCAAAACUCGUCCUCUCAGCACAUGUUCGUGUCGCUCACGGCCGUUGACAUUCUCGCUCAAUACCCCAAUUUGGUUGAAAAUUUCCUGAGGAGCAUUAAGCCAGCCGAGCUCGGCCAGAUCCCGGCGCAUCCACUUGAGCGGUGUCUUGAUCUAUACUUCCUUAAUACUGCUGAACUAUUUACGAUCAUCCUAUCACCAAAGGCAAGUGAGGAGCUGCUCCUCUCAGCUGCAGUACCAUACCUUGCUGUCGCUGCGAACAAGAAUCUGCUUGAGAUAUUUGAGGCCGCGCAUAGUGUGGCUCUUGCUGUAUUCGCGAUACCCAAUAAUGCGGCCAUAUCUGCCAAGCACCUGCCGUUUUAUAUCGAUAAUCUAUUUGCUGUCUUCCCUCGUAAUCUCUCUGCGCGUCAAUUCCGCCUCGCCUUCAAGACCGUCAUUCAGGUCACUGCUCCACCAUCACUCAUUGCCAACGACCAACCACUCAUGCCCUCCUUCUUACUCGAGGUCCUAUACGAUCGUGGACUGAAAGCGUCCGAUGAAAUCCUCCCACAACCAUCACAAAGCCCAGACGCGAACCCGAGCCAGACCCCGUCACCUCCAGUCUCCGAGAAAGCCGCUCUAACCCUGGCCCUAAUCGACUCCCUCUGCUUCCUCCGGGUAGAGGAUCUCGAAGAAUGGCUCCCUCUCACCGCGAACCUGCUCAAUGCCAUCCAUCCCGGCAAUUUGCGGGCUAUCUGUGUCGACCGAUUCUGGGAUGCGCUGAGUAGCGGCGAGAUGGAUGUUGACCGUGCGCAUUUCUGUGUUACGUGGUGGAGUACGAGAGGUGGGCGCGAGCUUGUGAUUUUUGGUGGUGAGCCUGAGCAGGCGGAGGCUGAGGGGGCAUAUAUGAGUGGUGCGAUUGGAGGAAUUGCGCGGGAGAAUAAGCUGUGA